AUGUCCAACCGAACAGCUGACGAGUUGCUAAAGUGGGGACUACGAAAUGCGCCCAUGAAUGAAGAUGGCACAUCGUCCUUGACGCAAGUAGCGGCCGAUGUUGCAGCCGGGCGACGACCGGACCUGACGGACCCAGGUCUAUAUGACGCCAUUAUGGGUAAGAGCGAGGCGCAAAUGAUGCAAGAGGAGCUGAGUGUCGCUGUGAAUGCGGCAAGGACUGUGGAAGAUCGCUGUACGGCGCUCGAUAACUUUGAAAUGCUUGUUGAGCAGGUCGACAAUGCGAAUAAUAUGGAGCCGCUGGGCAUGUGGCCACCUGUGCUGUCGCUGCUGGAGCCGCACGUAGCAUCAGACGAACCGGAUCCUAGUCGCAGCCGCGUGGGUCGUUGGUACAGCCGUGCAGAACAAUGA